UUUACAUCGCCUCCAGCUUCCUAGAAGGCGAGACUUCUUAAAGUUUCACUAGAAUGGGCAGUACCUUUACAGUCUCAUCCGGACAACAGAGGCAGCGGGUCAUGGAGUCUUACCUUCAGCUUUUCAACUGAUGAUAGCGGUGGAGAGCACUCCAGCUUGCGAGAAGAAGUAUUGUUUGAACGGAGUUUGCAUUUCUUCUUCAUCACCAUCACGAGCUGUAACACAAACAUCUUCGCCAACACCUCGGGCUGUAAAAGCACGAGGCCGGCGAGAUUCAAGUUGCCACGACGAUGAACAUCCAAGUCCUCCCAGACCAUAAGCUCUCAUCUAUUGCCCCUCUGAAACCGUACAACAACGUGGAAAAGAGAGAUGUGGAAUUAAUUCUGGUCAAGGACCAUAAUGGGGUUCAGUAUACCAGCUCCUCAAUUAUCCCGUCCCCAAACUCCCACGCCUGUCCAUCUAGAUCUGCUGAGGAUGAGGCGCGAGAAACCUGGGGCAAGAAAAUUGACUUUCUCCUGUCAGUUAUUGGCUUCGCAGUGGACUUGGCCAAUGUAUGGAGGUUCCCUUAUUUAUGCUACAAAAAUGGAGGAGGUGCCUUUCUGAUUCCUUACAUUCUGUUUCUGGUAAUUGCGGGGAUGCCACUGUUUUACAUGGAACUGGCAUUGGGUCAGUACAACAGAGAAGGGGCUGCCACUGUGUGGAAGAUUUGCCCUGUUUUUAAAGGUGUGGGUUACACUGUGAUCAUUAUAGCUUUAUAUGUGGGCUUCUACUACAAUGUCAUCAUCGCUUGGUCUCUUUACUACCUUUUCUCCUCGUUCACAAGUGAACUGCCUUGGCUUAAGUGUGGGAAUAGCUGGAACAGCAUCAACUGUACUGACCCAGAGCUCCUCAAUGGCUCCUUUCUUGGGAAUGGAACAUCAUACUCCAAGUACAAGUUCACUCCAGCUGCAGAGUUCUAUGAGCGUGGUGUUCUCCACCUCCAUGAAAGUAAGGGCAUACAGGACCUGGGCUUGCCUCGCUGGCAACUCACUCUUUGCUUGGUGGUGGUGGUCUUCAUCCUCUACUUCAGCCUGUGGAAAGGGGUCAAGUCCUCGGGCAAGGUGGUAUAUAUCACAGCCACCAUGCCCUAUGUGGUGCUUUUUGUGCUCUUGAUCCGGGGUAUCACCCUCCCUGGCGCUAUGGAUGGCAUCAAGGCCUACCUCCACAUCGACUUUAAACAGCUCAACAAUCCCACGGUCUGGAUUGAUGCAGCGACUCAGAUAUUCUACUCCUUGGGAGCAGGAUUUGGAGUUUUGAUUGCAUUUGCCAGCUAUAAUAAAUUUGAUAAUAACUGCUACAGGGAUGCUCUCCUAACCAGCACCAUCAACUGCGUCACCAGUUUCUUCUCAGGGUUUGCCAUCUUCUCUGUGCUGGGAUACAUGGCCUUCAAACAUGACGUGAAGAUUGAGGAUGUAGCCACUGAGGGAGCAGGUCUGGUGUUCAUCAUCUACCCUGAGGCCAUCUCAACUCUCCCAGGGUCCACGCUCUGGGCCAUAGUAUUCUUCAUUAUGCUUCUCACACUUGGCAUUGACAGCUCUAUGGGUGGUAUGGAGGCAGUCAUCACAGGUCUCACCGAUGACUUCAAAAUCCUCAAGAGGAACAGAAAGCUGUUCACAUUUGCAACGGCAUUUGGAACAUUUUUAGUGGCCUUGUUUUGCAUCACAAAUGGUGGGAUCUAUGUUCUUACUCUGUUGGACACCUAUGCUGCAGGCACAUCUAUUUUGUUUGGGGUGUUGAUAGAGGCCAUAGGGGUAUCCUGGUUUUAUGGUGUGGACAGAUUCAGUGAGGAUAUCGAACGUAUGAUGGGCUUCAAGCCAGGCCUUUAUUGGAGGUUAUGCUGGAAGUUUGUCAGUCCUGCCUUUCUGCUGUUUGUGGUAAUUGCUAGUAUCGUCACCUCAACUGGCAUGAGAUAUGAUGAUUACAUCUUUCCUCGUUGGUCCAAUGCGGUUGGCUGGGUGAUAGCAAUGUCGUCUAUGCUUUUCGUCCCAUUCUAUGCUGUCUACAAGAUUCUCAGUGUGCCAGGAACAUUGAAGGAGAGAAUAGCUUAUUGUAUCACACCUGAACAUGAACAUCAUCUUGUGGCUGAAGGCAACAUUAGGCAGUUCAAGUUGAAACAUUGGCUGGCCAUCUGAGGCAGAGACCUUCCUGUCACAGUCUGAAGGGAUGUUAGAGACAUGCAGCUCGAUGCCUGCUCCUGCUGUAGGAUGAAGGAUGGCCUUCCUCAAAGUCUGACAGGGUGAAAGAUCAGGCGCUGCUCUUUUGUAUUCU